ACAUGCCUGAGCAGAAAGUGCGCUGCGCCGGAUUAUUUGUGCUCCGCUGUAGAUUGACGUUACUGCUUUACUGCAGUGACUACAGUGCGGUUAUACACUGGAAUUAGAGCUGCUGAAGUGAAUCUAACCUGAACUUUUUCUCUCCCCUUCAUUCAUAAUAACAGAGUGGUUCUGUAUUUCUGGAUUGUUCAGAAUGGCUGUGGAGGUGGAGAGGAAAUUUGUGUGCGAGGCAGACAUCCAGGAGAAACUGAAGGAUAUUGGAGCUGAAUGUAUCGGUCAGUACCACUUUAAAGACCAGUAUUAUGACUCGACUGAUUUCGCUCUAACACUGGAAGAUUUCUGGCUGCGCAGGCGAGAGGGAUCCUGGGAGCUAAAAUGUCCAGCAGCCUCAAGAACGAAUCCAGAGAAGAAAGCAGAGGCACUGUGUACGAAUUACAGAGAGGUUACAGAUCUACCUCAGAUUAAGGCUGAAGUGAUGAAGGUUAUGAAACACUGCACAGGAACUUCUGAAAACUCCUCAGAAAGGGAACAGAUGGACGGUUAUGCAGAAGAUGAAAGCUGGCUGCAGGAUUUGAAGCUGGUUUGCUUUGCAGAAUACACAACGCUGCGAUGUUCUUACAUGCUGGAGAGCGACGGAGGGGAAGGAAGAGUGCGAGUCGAUCUGGAUCAGGCUGAUUUUGGUUAUUGUGUGGGGGAAAUAGAAGUUUUAGUUUCGGAAGGAGACGACAUGCAAUCCGCACAGCAGUGGAUUCAAAAGACAGCUGAAAAAUUAGGCGUUGGUGGUGAGAAGAAGAUUCAGGGGAAGAUGGACGUGUAUCUCCAGCGUUAUCGCCCAGAGCACUACGCAAAGCUACUUAGUGCUCAUGUCUUAUGAAAGAACAUGUUUGUUUCAUUACAGUAAUAAUGAACAGAAGCUGCUGUUAGUUUACAGUGCGCCCAUACAUGAGCUCAGACUGAGCGUGUUUACAUGCACUUAAUAAUCCUAUCAUCAUCAGAUUUCAGCAGUUAUCUGAUUGCUCAAAUGAUCUCCGUUUUUUUAGAUCAGAUUAAAGGGGAACUAUUCUGCUCAUUUUCAAUUAUCAUAAUUUUAUUUUUGGGAUCUGCUAGUAUUAAUUUACAUGUUUCAGUGUUCCAAAAACACGUCAUUUUUUUCAUUCUAUAUAUCACUAUUCAAGGUCUAUCUGAAACGCUCUGUUAGAGUGCCGGUGUCAUUAUGCCCUUCCUCGCGAUGAGCCCAUUGUGCUCUGAUAGGUCAGCUCGCCCAUAUCUGAUAGUCUGUUCUGACUGGUGAACUGCUAGAGCAGUUCUGCCCCUGUCUUGCAGUCUGGAGAUUAGGACACGCAGUGCAGAGAGAGGCAAACAGGAGCAGCCAGGAUGAGGCAUCCACUGCGGCUGCAUUCACAAAAAUCCUUCCCACAGGGUUGUGCAGAAGAUGUUAGAACGUAACUGCCGUGAAACAAUCAGAAAAUAAAGUUUUAUUUCUCUGAUUCACCGCCUUGUUCUUGCUGCUCCCUCUCUUCAUUCACUCUAUAGCUUGCUGGACCACCGCUGCUCUCUCUCAGGCAACUCUGAAUGGCUUGUUUAAUCAAAUAUGACUAGGCUCCCUUCGUUCUUACCAAACAGCCAUUGAAAAGAACCGGAUCGUUUGAGAACAUAACAUUGCUAGCAGACAAACCCUUUUCUCCUAUGCAGCUGUAAACACUAGUGUGGCUUUUUUUCCAAUGCUGUUGAUUCUGCCGCAUCAGUUUGAGCCAGAGCCCAAUCCUGAAAGUCAGGUCAGCAUCUUCUCGACACUCUACAAAUCUGAACAAACUCUUCUCAGCCUACAGUAGAUGCUGUGUGUUGGGUGAGGGCUUGCCAAGCUUGCCAGUAGGUGGGCAGUAAUGACUGUGUUACGAGAUGGCAUCACCUUGUAACAGAGAAAAGGGCUGGAAUUCCAACAAGGUGUUUCAGGCAGCUGAGAAAAAUGGUUUCUAUGGGAGAGAGUUACUCCCUGUGGCGUGUAACUUUGCCAGACCAUUUACAUGUGCAAAAAGCUAUAAUAACACACUAAAGGAAAGGGGAAAAACAGAAAAUCAUAAUAGGUCCCCUUUAAAGCCUUGAAAUCUGACAGAGAGCUGGAUUUUAGCACAAUAAUCAGGUUUUUCAGUGUAUGUAUACCCAUACUCUGAUUUCUUUCUGUUUAAAAAGCUAAAAUAAAGCACUGAUUGGAGCAACUGA